CUCCGCUCCCACUCUAUCUUGCAGAGAGACCGAUUCACAGAAACCUCCUGACAAGUUACUCUCUGCGAGCCUGGCUGGAUCUCCUCAGUGCAACGAGAAAAUCUGAGCCGGUCUCACUUACCACCUCUCAUUAGAUUUACCAUCUUGCAAUAUACAAGUCUACGAGUCACUGGACGCCGGAGUGUGGUGUAUCGGGCAAUGUCGCGCACACUCACACAGAUUAAUGGAUCCCUUUUUACAUUAAACAAAACGACCCCGGAGUGAUCCGCUCACACCCUCGCAUGCAAUCGGACAGCUCUACAGACGAGCAUCUACUACAAAACACAAGGGGACCGUGCCUCUUGGUUUGAUUGGCAAGCCGUUCUUUUCAGAGAGGGUCCGGGAAUUUCACACGUUAUCUUGCAUUCGGCCUCGAUGUCCCGGGGAAGUGAUUUUUGCAUCGGGAAACCCAACAGGUGAAGGGAGGUAAGAAGAAACAAAUCCCUGACGUUACUGCUCUUGUGAAAUAGGAGGGACUGAGUAUUUUCUACCAGUUCGGCAGCUCACUGAACAAGCCAGAAGUUGAUGCAAUACCAAGGCAAUCAUUUCUAAACAGCCUCCUUCUUGAUGAACUGCUCGCCAUUGCCAAAGUAACAGCGCAAAGACAUUCCCUAAGAGAACCAAAGUAGAGCCUAUGCCACUUGUCAGUUUAAAACAAACAACAUCGUCCCUCGUUCUGCCAUCCAUAGCAUUCAAAUUCUGGUACCUCUUACAGAAGGACAGCAAAGAUGUUUGAGGCAUCGCCCCAAAUGGUUCCUGUGGUAACCCUCUCCAUGGUGCUGAUGCUGCCUCUGGGAUUUCCAAGCCUGACGCUCUCAUGUCCACAACCCUGUGCCUGUUAUUUCUCCACUGAAGUUCACUGUACUUUUCGAUCGCUGACAGCUGUGCCAGCAGGAAUACCAAAGGUGGUAGAAAGGAUCAAUUUUGGCUUUAACAAUAUACAGAGUGUGAGCAAAGAACUAUUUGAUGGACUGCAAAGGCUGGAACUUCUAAUGCUUCAUGGCAAUGAUAUUCAAAGCCUUCCAGAUAAAGUCUUCAAAAACUUGAAAUCACUGCAGGCACUUAAAAUGAGCUACAAUAAAAUGACUGCUAUAACGGGAUAUACAUUUCAGGGGCUGGUGAAUUUAUUGCGGUUGCACUUGGAUCAUAACAAGAUAGAAUUCAUUCAACCUGGCGCAUUCUAUGGAAUGACUUCCCUGACACUACUGCAUCUUGAAGGAAACCAGUUGCAACAAAUCCAUCCAAACACCUUUGUAACCCUCUCUGUUCUACAGCAUUUUAAGUUUUCAUCAAUAAAGCACCUCUACCUCUCUGAUAAUUCCAUCCGUACGCUGCCCAGAGAAAUGCUAGGUCAGAUGUUACAGCUGGAAAGCAUCUAUCUGCAGGAUAACCCGUGGUCUUGUGACUGUAGAUUGCAGUGGCUGCUGGACUGGGGAAAAGAGGCUGGAGAUGUGGUGAAAUGUAAAAAGGACCGAUCGAACCCCAGAGGUCGAGUGUGCUCAGUCUGUUCGGACCCCAAACAGUUCAGCAAGAAAGAGCUGUUUAAACUGGACUCCAGUGAACUGGCCUGCACAAAGCCCACCAUCAAAUCCACAUUAAAGAAGAGUUACGGGAAUGAAUGGGAAGCAGAUGAAGGCGAAGAUACAUCACAUGAGAACUAUCAAAAACCUCUUGGCCGCAUGACCUUGAACUUAACUGACCAGCAAGGAAACACAGAUGACUUGUUCUGUCGGAUCAACAGUAUGGGGAAUGAGAGGCAUGCCCAGUGGCGUCGGCUAACUGAACAAGACAUAGCAGUCAAUAUGACCCUCUCGGUAAAACUUACGUGCCCCAUGAAUCAAGAAAGCAUGGAAAGACUUUGGAAACUUAUUGCCUAUUACAGCGAAACACCUGUAAGACUAAAAAAGGGCUUAAUGUUGUCUAAAGGACCUUCAAGCUACCAAUAUAGACAGGUGGUUGACAGUGAUUCCUAUUACUACACCGAUGUAAGGGCUAACAUUGAGGCUGAGCCCUCCUGGUUAAUGCAAGAUUAUGUCAACAUAAAGCUUGAUAGAAAACUCACUACUGCAAAUGAUGUCAUCCUCAUAUUCUCACUGUACCUGUCUCAACAAUUCCCAAUUAGGGGUACUACAAGAGACAAGACUGACUGGGUUUUGAUCAAAGUAAGCGACAAGACAAAAUUGGUUCACGUUGUGGUUACUGGGACCAUGUUGCAGCUAAAAUGUCAGGUGGUAGCCUCUGAGAAUCCAUCGAUCCAAUGGGUGCUUCCUGAUGGUAGCCAAGUGUUAGCGCCAAACACCAGCAAAGACAACCGUAUUUCAGUCUUUAACACUGGGAGGUUAGUGGUGAAGGCAGUGGAACACCAUGAUGCGGGUUUAUAUCGGUGCAUUGGGUCUGUGAAGGAUGAUACAGACACAAUGACCUACAGGGUCGUUGUGCAGCCUGCAAAACUCCCUGCAUCGCAAGUCAGAGAAAGAGGCAUCACUGUGCCUUAUGGCGACACCAUCUCUCUUCCCUGCACGGCCUCUUCAGUACCGGACGCUCAACUAACCUGGAUCCUUCCAAACAGCAGCGUGCUUGCUGCCCCGAUAAACACCACGACCGGGUCCGUCAUGGCAAACGGGUCUCUGGUCAUCAGAGGCGGCCACGAUGGCAAUAGCGGACACUACAGGUGUAUAGCCACCAACAGGUACGGUUUAGAUGUACUGACUGUCAAUGUGGCAGUCAUUAAAAAGUUGCCAAGCCAGAUAGUCAAGAAGGGGAAUCCGUCACCGAAGUUCUACCUAAGAGCUGGGUAUCAGAAGGAAAAGGAAGGGGAGGCUUCGGGUGAAGAGACAGCACAUGAAAGUCAGAAGCAGGUAACCUACAACGUAUACACAGGUGGUCCACCCAAUGGGAGGAGGAACCUUCAUGCUGAUGGAGCCCAGGACGAUUCGAAAGUAGAUUAUAUCAGGGACAUCAGACUGAGGAAAGGGUUUAAGAGAGGCAGAGGGAUGUUGGCAGCGGAAGGCAGGAGAAGGUUGGACUCCCGCAGACGGAUCAACAUGACGAAUAAAAAGAUAGACCCACAAAAGUGGGCGGAUAUCUUGGCCAAAGUCAGAAGGAAAUCCAUUCCCAGACCAACAGUCGCCCCAUUGCGUCAAGUCUACACAUCAACCUUCACAUCUCCAAUCACCCCUGGACGACAAGUGCCGGAUCCCACCGUGAAACUGCCCGCUAGGCUCAGUCCAAUGGCAGGGCUCGAUGUGGAAGAUUCCUCGGGAAAUGGUGAUCUGAGUUUCUCUGAGGAUGAGUUAAUUCACGUCGGCACAUCACAUAAUGUACUGGUGGGUAUGCCAGAGACCGCUACGCUCCAAGAAAACCUCGUCCUUGAACUCCAACCUGUAGAAGGCCAUCGUGGCUCUUCAGAAGACCAGUCUACACCUCCUCCUUCUCCUGAAAACACCACCAAGUCUACCACUGUGGCAACGUUCAUUUGGGAGCCAGAGAUUUUGGAACUGGUACCGACCCCCAUCCCACCAGUUGAAGUGCAUCCUAGUGAAGCGACAGGGAAAUUUAUCGACAUAGAGUCGACACAGGAGGAAGGGGGGAGUGAUGUGGAGCAAGUAAGUGUUCUGAAAACAGAUGCAGAUGAGUACAUUGUAGGAGGCUGGGUUGCUAAAAGCCUUGAUCAUCCAGAAGUCAAGCUUCGUGGAGUGGAAUCCAUGGUUGAUGUGAUGGAUGUAGAUGUGAACAGUGAGAACGACACCACAUACUUCAGAGGGGAUCUCAGUAUAGCGAGUGAAACCAUUACAACAAUGAACACCCCUGAAGCAACUACAGUGAGCACCAGAGACCAACCUUUGAAGGGAACUACUGAGCUGGUUCACACCACCACAGCUAGAAUAACCACCAUUGCCACUAGUAUUAUCACCCAAGCUGAUAAUAUCUCAACUGCAUCAAUCAUUGUUCCCACCUCUUCAGGCGAAGCAACUAUAUCUAGGCCAAUGGAGUCCAGCACCAUGACGACCACGACCACUGGUGCCAACACCAACACACGGGCAGCGGCUAGAAGGCGUUGGCCUUACCCUGGUUCUCGAAGGUACAGCAGGAAGAGGCGCCCUGGUAGGAGGUAUCGCCUCAAUAGACUUAGGCAGAACCAUAACUCACAACCAAAAGCCAAGGCCAAUGAUGUAUCAACCACUUGGCCGGCUGUGAAGGUUGCUCCAAAGGAAAUGAACAAUUUGGUUGGUGGCCAGGUCAAGGUCAACACUACCGCAGCAAAUAAGGCUGAUUCAAUGUUGUCCACAGCAGCUUACCACAAAAUAAGCCCGCAACAACUGACCACAGAGCGACCAGAACUGAAAUCAGCACAUGUCUUAACCAUUCUAAAGUCUCCACAUCUAGGUACAAGUCCCAGCCUAGUGCAACAUCGCUCAAAGCUGCAAGGACCGAAUUCAACUCCAACACUGCAGGCAACACAGGACACGGCAAGAUCUGUUCCAGAGGCUGCGAAUUCUAUCCCUCACAUCCAUCAGUCAAAAACUCUGCAUAUUCAAAGCCACUAUGAAUUGCGCCCAAAAUUCAUGACUACAACUGCGUCGCCUCUAAUGGUAAAUUCCAUUGGUAAACCUCCAGAUUCUCCAGAGUCGAGUAAAGUGCCAGUAUCAAGCAGAACAACGACUACUGUAGAUAUUCCAGUAGAGGACAACAGAAAAACAUCAGAUGUUAUCUUAAGUCCACUUGUCCCAAGUACAGAACUUCCUAUUACCAAAACAGUUACAUCGACAUCAAAAUCUGUGACGAAUUACCUUACAGCAUCAACUACUGCUUCUAAUAUACAGGGAUCAAGCAACACUCAAGCAUCAAACACUGUGGUAAAAAUACCAACUACAACAGUUUUAGAACCUGAUCCUGAAUCACCAGUGCUUCAUCCUGAUGAUGGAAUUUCUACAGUUCAAGACCACAGAGGUGACAUCCCACCAGAAGUACCUUCCCUUUCUUAUGUUGAUACAUCUGCUUCACUAUCCUCUGUUGAAAAUAGAACUCCAGAUAGUAAGGGAAUUGAAAGCGUUGUACCAGGAGUGCAACCGACUGUUGGAGCCUUGGUUACAGUUCCUGUUUUGCAUUCUCAAAUUACCUUUACAGAGCACAAAGCAGUCCUGUCUCCAGAUGUUAAUUUAGGUGGAGUUACCUCUCAGGAAAGGGAUUCACCCACUCAGCUGAAUACUGGAGCGAAAGGAAUUGAACAGGACAGAAUAGAAACCAUGAGAACAUCUGAAAGCAAUGCUAUACCAGAUAGAUUCAUUCCAAAACACCAUACAAAUGGUUGGCAACAAUUAAAGGAAAUAUACACCGGGAAGACCAACAACUUAACCUGGAUUGUAAGGGGUGGAUGGAAGCCAAGUGCAAGCCUCAGGCCGAUACCCAUUCCAAACAAAGACACUCGGCGUAAAUCUCCCAAAUAUAUCCUUGUAGAAACAACACAAAAAAUGCCUGGUCCUGCAGUAAGAGAUAAGCCCCCUUACUCUGUAACUGGAGCACCGUCAGUAGAUACCAGCAAGCCCAACUUGAAAGUAUUUGAAACAAAGGGUGGACAAAGCACACCAAAGCCAGACGAACCUUUUAUCAAACUACCUGUGACAUUAGUGCCUCCAAUCCGAACGAUCCCGGUGAUAUUUAACAAACCUGCCAAUAAGUUUGUUGCUGAUUUAGGCAACCGUUCAAGGACUAAUAACACAAAUUACGCAUUACCAAUGAAGGAAUCUACUGUGCAAAAAUCCAACAUUAGUCGAGGCAAUCAGAAGUUACAUUUUGUGCAGAUUCCGAUUCAAUUUACCAAUGUGAAAACUUCACCGACCGCCUACAAGACAACCACGCACCCAGUGCCUGUACCCACUCAGACAACCAUAUCCACCCCAGCCGCCACUGAGCGGUUGUUUAGAAAUGCCUCAGAGAACAGAAGGGUAAACUAUUCCCUGGACCUGGCAAAUGUCGAGAGAGAUACAUCUAGUGUUGCCCUGCCAUCUCCCAGCUUUAGAACAACAAGAACCAAACCAAAAAUAAUUACCAGCAGCCCCCUGCCUGUGUCAGUGAAAGCAGAGAUGGACGCAUAUCUCCCUUGUGAAGCAUAUGGGGAGCCCAAGCCUAUUAUUUCUUGGUCAAAGGUGUCAACAGGGGCAGUGGUGACUGCAGGCAGCAACUUGGCGAGGUUUGAAGUCUUUGACAAUGGGACGUUGGGGAUCCACGAGACUGAGGUGCAGGAUCGUGGGCAGUACCUGUGCGUAGCGCAGAACCCUCACGGCACCGACCAGAUGCUGGUCACCCUGGUGGUGCUGGCUCAGCUGCCGCGGAUCACUGGGGCCCGCUACCGGGACGCCACCGUCUACCUCGGCGAGCCGUUCACGGCGGAGUGUCGGGCUGCAGGGAGCCCCGCCCCCCAUGUCACCUGGUUACUGCCGGGCGGGAGGACACUGCGCGCGCCGGGUGACACGGGCAGCGGCGUGACGCUGGCUCUCGACGGCACGCUGGACAUCGGGCAGACCACCUUCUCUGACCGGGGGGUCUACAAGUGCAUCGCCGGCAACACGGUGGGGGCGGACACGACGACAGUGAGGCUGCACGUCUCAGCCCUACCCCCCCGAAUACUGGAGCAGAGGACCGAGAACAUCUCAGCAGCGCCAGGGCGGUCCGUGCACGCCCACUGCACCACCAAAGCCGCUCCGGCGGCCAACGUCCGCUGGAUCCUGGUGGAUGGCAUGCAGAUCCGGCCCUCCCAGUUCAUCCACGGCAACCUAUUCGUCUUUCCAAACGGGACCCUCUACAUCCGCAACCUGUCGCAGAGGGAAGUGGGGACCUACGAAUGCGUGGCGACCAACAUUGUUGGCAUCGCCAGGAGGACGGUGGGCAUUGGAAUCCAAAGGCAUUCAGCCAUGGCGAAAAUCACCUUGUCUUCCCCUCAAAGAGUAGACAUUAGUUACGGCAGCAUUCUACAUCUGGACUGUGAGGCCGCUGGAGAGCCAGGGCCGAGGAUACUCUGGAGGUUGCCUUCAAAAUUGCUCGUAGAUUCACGCUACAGUUACAGCAAGAGAAUCAAAGUGUACAACAAUGGGACACUCAUGGUCCAAUUGGUGACAGACAAAGAUGCAGGAGAUUACCUGUGCAUCGCCAGAAACAACAUGGGAGAUGACUUCAUGGUGCUCAAGGUUAAUGUGAUGAUGAAGCCAGCGAAAAUUGAAUAUAAGCAAGACGCCAACCACAAGGUGAUGUAUGGCAAAGACCUCAAAGUUGACUGCAUAGCAUCGGGGCUACCAGAUCCAGAGAUCUCAUGGGGCUUGCCGGACGGCACCAUGGUCAACAGCGUCAUGCAGUCGGAUGACAGCGGGACAAGGAUGCGAAGGUAUAUUGUUUUUGAUAAUGGUACCCUGUACUUCAACGAGGUUGGACUGAAAGAUGAAGGUGACUACACCUGCUACGCGGUCAACCAGAUUGGCAAGGAUGAAAUGAAGGUCAACGUGAAGGUACUGGCUGAGCCCCCAACUUUCAAAGGUCACGCACCCUCUCUUGUUGAGGUGGCAUAUGGCGAGGUGUGCUCAAUAAAGUGUGAAGCCAAGGGUGAACCAACCCCCUGGAUCACCUGGCACUCUCCAACCAACAAGUUGAUCUCACCUUCAUCAAAAUACCAAGUUAGCACUGACGGCACUCUAUUCAUACAGAAGGUCCAGAGGUCGGACAGUGGAAACUACACCUGCACAGCCAGAAACACAGCAGGGGAGAAGAAAAGGGUCAUCACUGUACAAGUCAUCAUUGAACCCCCAAGUAUUAAUGGGCAGAGGAGGGUGAACACCGUAGUCAAGGACACGGCGAUGAGGGACACCCGCAAGCUGAUGGACUGCAAAGCAGAAGGCAUACCCAUUCCGCGGGUUAUGUGGGUGCUGCCUGAGAAUGUUAUUGUGACAGCACCAUAUUACGGAGAUAGAAUUCAGGUGCAUCGAAAUGGCACCCUCGACAUCAGGAGCAUGAAGCAGUCAGAUGGAGUCCAAUUUGUAUGCAUUGCUCGUAAUGAAGGGGGAGAAGCAAGGCUCACAGUGCAGUUGGAAGUGCAGAACAACCUGGAGAAACCUUCAUUUACCAACCCGCUUAACGCCGGGGUUGCCAUCGUGAUUGGUAACAGCGUCAACCUCAACUGUUCCACCAGAGGGAACCCCACGCCAGAGAUAACCUGGAUCUUACCAAAUGGAAACAAGCUCAUGAGUGGUCAGCAGUUGCCAAAGAUGUACCAUGGAAGAGAUGGCACGCUGCACAUCAGUAGUCCUUCUGCCACCGAGGCUGGUUCUUACCGGUGCAUUGCCAGGAAUACAGUAGGCUCCGUUGAAAGAUUCGUCACCUUGGAGAUUGGACACAAACCGGAAAUGCGCAAUCGAUACACGAGCCUGGUCAAAGUUUUACCUGGGGAAAGCAUGCGGCUUGAUUGCGUGACUGGAGGGAGCCCCCUGCCUCAGUUAUCAUGGAUUUUGCCCAGCGGGGUGGUUCUGAGCAGACCCCAAACCGUGGGCCGUUUCUCUCUCUUGCAGAAUGGUACCUUAAUUGUCCGCGAGGCCUCCGUGUAUGACAGGGGCACCUACUCGUGCAAGGCGGUGAGUGAGCUGGGGCUUACCUUGAUGAGCGUGGCGGUGAUCGUCAUAGCCUACCCACCACGCAUCACGAACGGGCCGACGCCCGUGACCUACGCCAGACACGGCUCCUCGGUUCAGCUAAACUGCAUGGCCAUGGGGAUUCCGAGGGCAGAAAUCAGCUGGGAGCUGCCGGACCGGACACGGCUCACGGCAGCGUUCCAGGCUCGCCUGAUUGGCAACAAAUUCCUCCACCCUCAAGGGUCGCUGAUCCUUCAGAACCCGUCCAACAGAGACACCGGCUUUUACAAGUGCACUGCAAAGAACCUCCUGGGUAGCGACUCAAAGAUAACCUACGUUCACGUUUUUUAAAGGAACGUUUCUUUCAAGUUGUUGUCUUUCUUUUCCCUAAUGAAAUGCCCAGACGGCUGCCUCCCAUUUGCAGUGGGCACUGCCAGUUGUGAAAUGGCACACUGUCCUCACUGAGCUUUACGGAAAAUGCACAAGAUGUCGCUUCAAUGUUCCCUCGAGUGACUUCAGACUGAAAUUUGUUUUAGACACCAGUUGCAUACAUACUUAAUAACUUAUGCCUUAAAAGAUGGGACAUGGGAUAGAAAUGUUUGAUUCAAAAUCUGCGUUAAAUUGAAAUAUUCAGAUAAUUUCCAGCGUCCAGCUCCACAGCCUUAGAACUACCAGUCUACAGAUCUGGCAUCAUGUCUCAUAGCUGAGAGAAGCAAUCUAGCACAUUAAUAGCCAAUACAUGGGAUUGGGUAAAAGUAGCAAAUAUCCUUUUUUUCCCUCCAACAUUAUUGCCUAAAGGAGAAAUCAUGACUGUACAGGCUGAUCUUCUUCAUAAAGUGGUCUGUCUUCAAUUAUUGAUCAUUAUUGGUAGAGUAACUAUGCUGUCAAUGAGCAGUGGGGCUCAUCCCAAUAAUAACAAGCUAUAAUAAAAGAAAAUGGAACUUGAACACAUUUCUGACAACUCAACUUACGAACAGCAUUAUGUCAGAUAGUAGUGUUAGUCCUAUUAAUAGUCUCAUAGCAAUAUUAGUCCUAACUAUUUUACUUACCAAAAUCAACGUACUUUUUAUUGUAAGCAGUGUUCUUUUAAACCCCAAGAGCUCCCUAUAAUAACAAGGUAAGGACAUAAGAAACUGGAGCAGGUGUAGGCAAUAUGGUCCUUGGGGCUAAUCUGAUAUUCAGUAGGAUCAUGGCUGGCCUGUUCCUCUUCUUAGCUCUACAUUGCUGCUUGUUCCUCAUAAUCCUUCGCUCUCCUAUAGUUAUAGUCCUAACAUUGUACAGCAGUGGUCAUUCAAUCCAUUAUGCCUCUUUAUAGAACAUAGAACACUACAGCACCGUACAGGCCCUUUGGCCCACAAUGUUGUGCCAACCUGUAUAAACCUACUCCCUGAUCAAUCUAACCCUUCCCUGCCGCACAGCCCAUAACCCUCCAUUUUUCUUACAUCCAUGUGCCUGUCUAAAAAGUCUCUUAAAUGUCCCUGCUGUAUCAGCCUCUACCACAACCCCCAGCAGUGCGUUCCAGGUACCCACCACUCUCUGUGUAAAAAACCUACCUCUGACAUCUCCCCUGAACUUUCCUCCUCUGACCUUAAACUGAUGUCCUCUGUUAUUGGCCAUUGCCGCCCUGGGGAAAAGGUGCUGGCUGUCCACUCUAUGCCCCUCAUAAUCUUAUACACCUCAAGUCACCUCUCAUCCUGUGUUACUCCAAAGAGAAAAGCCUUAGCUCGCUCAACCUUUCCUCAUAAGACAGGUUCUCCAAUCCAGGCAGCAUCCUGGUAAAUCUCCUCUGCACCCUCUCUAAAGCUUACACAUCCUCCCUAUAAUGAGGUGACCAGAACUGAACACAAUACUCUACGUGUGUUCUAACCAGAGCAACUUAGAGAGAGCACAUCUGAUUAUCACCAGCAUCCUGCCAACGUAUCAUUUCCCAGUAGGUAUCCGACUCCAGAGUUACUAUUGAAUUUGCUUGUACCACCCUUUCCGAAGGAGUGUUCCAGGUCAUGGUGCCUUGUUAUGUUAAACUAUUUCUCCUCAACUCCCUCUCUGGUUCCUUUUGCAGUUGCUCUAAAGGAAACCCUCAUGCCAAUGGAAAGAGCUUCACCUCUUUCGCUCUGCCGAAACCCUUCAGAAUUUUGAACACAGUCAGUCAAUCUUAAUCUUCGCUGCUUCAAGGAGACUCAUGGCUUCUCGUAGUCUUUCCACCUGAAUGAAGACUAUCGCUCCUGCUACCAUCCCUCUUCACUAUUUCCAAAGAUUUGACAACCAUACUAAAAUAUAGUGCCAAAACCAACUGAGGCCAAACCAAUUUACAAAGGUUGACUACUUUAAUUAAUGUUACUGUAUGAUAAAAAUUUGAAAUAAAAAUGACCACUUCCACUACACUAGCUAUGUAAAUACAUAAAGCACCAGUAGCUUGUAAGUUUUAUGUAAAUGCUAAGUUUAAAGGCAGGGAUAUCUGCUGUAAUCUUGUGCUUGGUAACCUACUUUGGCGCUUGUUCCACCACUCCACAAUGCUAUGUUAUCCAGGAAGGUUCAGUCUGAGAUGGUUGAUUGAGGUAGCAAACAGAGUGCCAUAAUUGGCCAUAUCACAGCUAAGCUAUCUUUAAGACAUUACCAUAGCAGGUCAAUAAAAAAAUUGCAGUCAGUUAACUAAAAAUCUUAGAUCCAGUGUAAAAGACAAAAUAACAAUAGUUACUACUACAGGAUUGAUGUAAAAGGUUACUGGUACUCCAAUGCCCCUUAGGAAAUCAUAUCUAGUAAUCAGAGCAAUUUAUGAUACAAAGUGAGCCUGUCAUGUUCGCCAAAAAUUGGGUACUUUGAUUAACCUCACACCUUAGAUCUAAGUCCACAACCCUACAGCUCGUUGCUGCUCAAGUGUUCUUCGAGGUACUGUUUAGUGUUUGUCCACUGACUUUUCAGGCAGUGAGUUCCAAACACUUGCUGCUUGCUGGGUGAAAAAAUAACGACCCUCAUCUUUCCUCUAAUCCUUCCAUCUGAACCACUAAUUAGCAUCCUUAUGUAGUGUGUGACUCAAGACCCGCAGCAAAGUGCUCAGGAUGGUGCAGCAAUCCACUCAGUUCAAGUGCAAGGAGGAGAUAGACUCUAAGUGCUAGGCUUGUCAACAACACUCAUAUCCUGCAAAUGAAAAUGAAAAUAAAACUUAAAUACUGGAAAUUGGCAAUAGAAGCAGGAAAUAAGAACAUAAGAAAUUGGCCAUCUGGCCCAUCGAGCCUGCUCCACCAUUCAUGAAGAUCAUGGCUGAUCAAAACAUUCAAUAGGUCAGGCAGCAUUUGUACAGAGAGAAACAGAGUUAAAGUUUCAAAUCCAAAACCCUCGAUCCAAACUGGGAAAGAAAGGAAACAAGUCAAUUUUAGUUACAGAGAAGGGGGCGGGUGGUGAGAGAUGGGGAGAACAAGGGGAAUAUCUCUGGUAGGGUGAGACCAAAUGUGGCAAUUAGAGGCAGAUUAUGCUUCUUUGUCUGUGGUUAAGUGGUGUCAUCAGGACAGUGAUAUAUGCUCAACAGGCCAGGGUAUACAAUGAGAGAGUGAAAAACUGAGCCAAAAAUCAUAGAUUGAUGACAGGUAGAAAUGGCCAGUUCUGAUAUACACAGGAAGAAAGAACAAGGUAUCUAAAGUCGCAGAAUUUGAUAACAAGUCCGGAAGACUGUAACAGACAUAAGAUGAGGUAUUGUCCCUCAAACUUGUGUUGCACCUCAUUGUAUCAGUGCAGGAGGCCACAGACCGAUAGGUCAGAGUGGGAGUGGGUUGGUGAAUUAAAGUGACGGACAACAGGAAGAUCAGGGUCACUGUGGAAUGAACACUGGCACUCUACUUGUCCUCCACCUUCUCCGAAAUUAAAAUUUCCCUGUUUUCUCUCUUUCCAGUUCUGACAAAGGACUUCAGACCUGUUUCUGUUUCCAUAGAUGCUGCCUGACCUGCUGAGUGUUUCCAGUAUUUUCUGUUUUUACUCAGAUCCUGUAAAUUAGUUCACACCUUUUAAAAAUCAGCCACAUCAACCCAGGGGUUAUGUUGCUGGAUUUGUGACUGGAGAAAGUGAGUUUGAGAAUUUAAAUUAUUUUUUUAAAUCUGGAAGUAAAUGGAGAAAAGUGAUCAUAAUUAGUGUAAUAUUCUGUAGGAUUCACUCGUGUCCAUGGGGAGUGAAACCUGGUCCACCGCUAAUGUGGCAUUACACCUACACCAAGGCUUCUACCCUCUCAACUAGCUCCGCAAGUCACUUACUUGCAUUAAAGAAGCCCCCAAGCUACAUUCUCAGGCCUCAAGGGAUGGCCACUAAAUCCCACCCUUGUCAGCAAUGUCUCUUUCCAAGAAUGAGAUUAAAAUUGCUAAGAAAUCAGCCAGAGGUUUGCUGCUGUUUGCUGGUAUACAUGGCCAUUAACAUCAAAGCAACCAGAUUGUAAUUUACCUCAGUGGAAGGUUGGUACGUCUUUGGGGUUGAUGUGCCUUGCAGAUGUCUCAGUAUUUUUUUUAUAAAUUGCCACCAAUUGUUUUGCUGUCAAGUUGGUUGAUGAUUUAAAGCUGUAAAACAAAACAUUAGAUAUCACACCAAAUCCCAAUCAGAUGGAUACACUACAAAAUACACACACUGCACAUUGCAUGCAUGGGCAUACACAUCACACAGUGAACGUGCAGUAUGUUGCACACACGUUAUACGCACUCUAUAUUGUGCACGUCACACAUGCUCACUGUACGUAUGUACAGACAACACAUUGCAUCAUACAUGCAUGCAGACUGCAUUUUGCACAUAGCUACACACGUGCACACACACACACACACACACACACGCGCGCACAACCUGCUGACAGCCAACUAUAUGUCAUGCAGGGAAUCCCGGAUGUACUGGUUUGUGAGGAUUACUUCUGCACUGGGCUGUGUGUUUAUUUAGUGAGUCUUGAAAUGGAAAUCUUUUAGCAAGGCUGAAGGAUACAACAGACAGCACGAAUGUCACACUUAUCUUUAUAAGGAUAUUCCCAUCACAUCCCAGCUGGAUAAAAUGAAUCCACAGAUUGGCCCACUUGAGAAAUGUACAUUUUCAUCCAUUCACAUGUUUAAAUUGUAUUGAAAACAAUGAUGGAAAGAAAAGCUAAGAAUAUAAAUGUUGCACUCAAGGAGACACUGCUAGUACCAAGGUAGUGCUGGAGCUAAUAGCACGUAUGAAGCAGAGCCCUCUGAUGUAUAGUUAUGUUUAUAAUGUUAAUUCAAUUUACUGUACAUCUUGUAAUAAAGAA